GUAUGCAAAAAUUUAAUUAAAAAUUGGUGAGCAAGACAGCAAAACAUUUGCACGGGUCUCGCACACUUAUUCUCCACUUCAGUCUGUCAAGCUAGCUUCUUUGUUCUUCCUUAAAAUAUAAGGCCGUGUUUGGCUAAACCCACUUCAAGUUAAGUGUAUUGUGCCACUCUAGGACGGUGAUCACAACGUUCGGGUCGGAUCCACAGCUAUGGAAUCAGAAGGAGAAUCUAAGGGCAAGUCCUUGAAGAGCUCUAGUAGUCAGACCUGCCAAAUUUGCAGUGAUAAUGUCGGUCUGACUGUGGAUGGUGAAACCUUUGUUGCUUGCAAUGUAUGUGCAUUUCCAGUCUGCAGGCCGUGCUAUGAGUAUGAGCGCAAGGAAGGGACUCAGUCCUGUCCCCAAUGCAAAACAAGAUAUAAGAGACAUAAAGGAAGUCCUGCUAUUAAAGGGGAUGGAGAAAAUGAUGGCAAUGCUGAUGACCCUGCUAGUGACCUCCAUUACCCUCCAGAAGAUGGAAUCGGAAAGCAGAAGAUUGCAGAGCGCAUGCUGAGCUGGCAUACAACAUAUGGGCGAGGGGAAGAUGGUAGGGCUCCAAUUUAUGAUAAAGAGAUCUCUCACAAUCACAUUCCUUUGCUUACAAAUGGGACUGAGGUUUCUGGAGAGUUUUCUGUAGCAUCAACAGAACAGCUAUCGAUGGCGUCUCCUGGACCAAGUGGCGGAAAAAGAGUUCAUCACCACCGUUAUGCAUCAGAUGUGAAUCAGUCCCCAAAUAUCAGGAUCGUAGAUCCAGUAAGGGAGUUUGGGUCUCCAGGUUUAGGCAAUGUAGCUUGGAAAGAAAGAGUUGAUGGCUGGAAAAUGAAGCAGGAUAAGCAUGUAGCUCCAAUGACUACUAGUCGUGCUGCCUCUGAAAGAGGGGUUGAUAUUGAUGCCAGCACAGAUGUGCUAGUUGACGAAUCCUUAUUGAAUGACGAAGCCAGACAACCUCUUUCCAGAAAGGUUUCCAUACCAUCUUCUAGGAUAAACCCUUACAGAAUGGUUAUAGUCAUUCGACUGCUUGUGCUCUGCAAAUUCUUGCAUUACCGGUUAACAAAUCCUGUGAAAAAUGCCUAUCCAUUGUGGCUGUUAUCUGUGAUAUGCGAGAUCUGGUUUGCAGUAUCUUGGAUACUGGAUCAGUUCCCUAAAUGGCUCCCAGUCAACCGUGAAACAUAUCUUGACAGGCUUGCACUGAGAUAUGACCGAGAAGGCGAGCCAUCCCAGUUAGCUGCUGUUGAUAUUUUUGUCAGUACGGUUGACCCCCUAAAGGAGCCUCCUCUUGUUACAGCCAAUACAGUCCUAUCAAUUCUUGCAGUUGAUUAUCCAGUCGACAAGGUUUCAUGCUACGUCUCUGAUGAUGGAGCUGCAAUGUUGACAUUUGAAGCUUUAUCUGAAACAUCAGAAUUUGCGAGGAAGUGGGUACCUUUCUCCAAGAAGUAUAACAUUGAACCCCGUGCUCCAGAAUGGUAUUUUUCUCAGAAAAUCGAUUACUUAAAGGAUAAAAUUCAGACAUCUUUUGUCAAAGAGCGCAGAGCAAUGAAGAGAGAAUAUGAGGAGUUUAAAGUCCGUAUAAAUGGCCUUGUUGCCAAAGCCCAGAAAGUCCCUGAAGAAGGUUGGAUAAUGCAAGAUGGUACACCAUGGCCUGGAAACAAUACUAGGGAUCAUCCUGGAAUGAUUCAGGUUUUCUUAGGCCAAAAUGGAGGUCUUGACAGUGAGGGCAAUGAGCUUCCUCGUCUGGUUUAUGUUUCCCGUGAGAAGCGUCCAGGCUUUCAGCAUCACAAGAAAGCUGGUGCUAUGAAUGCACUUGUCCGUGUAUCAGCAGUCCUCACUAAUGGGCCCUUCUUGUUGAAUCUUGAUUGCGAUCACUACAUAAACAACAGCAAGGCCAUUAGAGAAGCAAUGUGCUUUAUGAUGGAUCCCAAUCUUGGAAAAUAUGUAUGCUAUGUUCAGUUCCCUCAGAGAUUUGAUGGUAUUGAUCGCAACGAUAGAUAUGCCAAUAGAAAUACUGUUUUCUUUGAUAUUAACUUGAGAGGCUUGGAUGGCAUACAAGGACCAGUAUAUGUGGGUACUGGAUGCGUGUUUAAUAGGACAGCAUUAUACGGCUACGAACCGCCUUUUAAACCUAAGAAUAAAAAGUCUGGGUUUCUCUCUUCCUUUUGUGGUGGAUCCAGAGAGAGAAAGUCUAAAUCAAGUAAGAAAGGUUCAGACAAAAAGAAAUCAAACAAGCAUGCUGAUCCCACCGUGCCUAUAUUCAGCUUAGAAGACAUUGAGGAAGGGAUGGAAGGUACUGGAUUUGAUGAUGAGAAGUCAUUGCUCAUGUCACAAGUGAGCCUAGAGAAAAGAUUUGGUCAAUCUGCUGUUUUUGUAGCAUCUACACUCAUGGAGAAUGGAGGUAUUCCCGAGUCUGCAACACCAGACACUCUUCUUAAAGAAGCUAUUCAUGUCAUCAGUUGUGGAUACGAGGAUAAGUCAGACUGGGGACAGGAGAUUGGAUGGAUAUAUGGUUCUGUCACAGAAGAUAUUCUUACUGGAUUUAAGAUGCAUGCUCGUGGUUGGCGAUCAAUAUACUGUAUGCCACAUCGCCCAGCCUUCAAAGGUUCUGCUCCUAUUAAUCUUUCAGAUCGGCUAAAUCAAGUUCUUCGAUGGGCUUUAGGAUCUGUAGAAAUUCUUUUUAGCCGGCAUUGUCCUAUAUGGUAUGGUUAUGGUGGAAGGCUAAAAUGGCUCGAGAGAUUUGCGUAUAUCAAUACAACUAUAUAUCCAGUCACUUCGCUUCCUCUAGUUAUCUACUGUACAUUACCCGCCGUCUGUUUAUUCACCGGAAGGUUCAUCAUACCAAAGAUCAGUAACCUUGCAAGUAUCUGGUUUAUAUCCCUUUUUAUUUCCAUCUUUGCUACUGGUAUACUGGAGAUGCGGUGGAGUGGGGUAGGAAUAGAUGAAUGGUGGAGAAACGAACAGUUUUGGGUUAUCGGAGGUGUUUCUGCCCAUCUAUUUGCUGUUUUCCAAGGUUUGCUCAAAGUGCUUGCUGGAAUUGACACAAAUUUUACGGUCACCUCCAAGGCAUCAGAUGAAGAUGGAGAUUUUGCUGAACUCUAUAUGUUCAAAUGGACAACUCUACUUGUUGUACCCACAACUCUCCUGAUAAUCAACCUAGUUGGUUCAGUUGCAGGAAUAUCAUACGCAAUUAACAGCGGUUACCAAUCAUGGGGUCCACUCUUUGGCAAACUGUUCUUUGCCUUCUGGGUCAUUGUUCAUCUUUAUCCAUUCCUUAAGGGUCUGAUGGGAGGCCAAAAUCGGACGCCGACUAUCGUUGUCGUCUGGUCUCUCCUUCUUGCUUCCAUCUUUUCGUUGUUAUGGGUACGUAUUGAUCCUUUUACUACUAGAGUUACUGGCCCAGAUACUCAGUUGUGUGGAAUUAACUGUUAAGGUUCAGAAUCCUUACAUGCACUAGGAGCCUUAAUCUUUUGGUUGGAUGCGUUUUAUGGUCACUGUACAUUGCUCCUCUGGCUGGCAACUCUUUUCAACUUAAAAACUCGCACUUUCACUAGAAAAGUGAAACAUCGGCUUAUUUUGUUCUUCGAUAUCAGUUUUGUAAAUUAAGUAAACAGUUUGUUUUAUACUAAAUUGUCCGAAGAGAUGAGUGUAUAUAUCUUAAACUUAUUCAGUGUGUUAAAAGAACCCUUGAAGCUA